UCUAAUUUUCUAAUUUUGGUCGUUUUGCAGAAAUUAUUAGAAAACAAUGGAAAGCUUUUAAUUAUCAAGUGCCUUGGGAUAAGGUACCGCUCAGUAUACUACAGAAAUUGGAUGCUGCACAACAAGCUGGGACCAUUGCAGAUCAACUUGAUGUUAUCCGUCUGCGAAAGUGGAUAUCAAAAGAUUUAUUCAACUCAUAUGAGCGUUUCAAAAAACAUUACUAUGUCAAGACAAAAACAGCUGGCACGAAGAUAUAUGAGUUGAUUAGCUCAGAGGUGUGUGAGAGAUACACAUGUAUAAAGGUGACAACUGACAAUGAAGUAAUUGAAGCAGGAUACCCAAGUUUUCUGUUGUCACUUUCUCAUUCAAUGGAAAACAAAGGAAGAUGGGGCACACCUGUUGAUGAAGCUCCUUGCGCUUCACAUGCACGUCAAGCAAAGGGAACACCAGGAGUCCUUGCUGAUCAGUACGCUCCAGACCUCACCGAAACCAUGGAGAUCAGCCAGGAAGCGUACAGAGAUGUUAUGAUAACCAUUAGUAGGCUUACCCACAAGAAGUCCUGGGACAUCCAAAAAAUCACAAAGCUGAUGCACCUUACUUAUGAACUCCAAAGGCGAGACAUAGGCCAGGCCUUACAGGUGAUUGCCGAAGAGCGGGAGGAGGAGGACCAAGAUGAUCCCGAGAAUGAAAGUGAAAUCAGAAAACUGAAAUUGAAUUGGCCAUUUCUCUUUGAAUUGCGGUGGCAAUCCAGUCAUUUUCUAAGGCUCUGUGGUCGAAGUUCAGAAAUACCUAUGAGGGACUAUUAUGAGCACCAUUUAAGAACACUUUUCCAGUUUGUAACUAAUCCAAAUACUGAAAGUGGGGUGAAAAAUAUAGCAGAGCAAUGGAAAUGGGAAGAUGCUGGGAAAAAAUCAGAAUUGAAAUUUCUAUUGGCCUUUCAAAUGCUUGCUAACUAUUUUAGUGAAAAACAGAUGAAUUCAUCACAACUGCUGAGAGAACCUGUACUCGGGAUGAAAUCGAAAGCCGUGUGCGCUCUGGAGGACUUACUCUAAUAGCUCUUGAUCGGAACAUGUAUGCAGCCCAAAAAAUUUAUGUUACCCUUGAUGGGCAAGUAAUAAUGAUGGCGGAAGACAGCACAGAUGCGCUGAUGGGUUUGAUGCAGUGUGCUUUUAUAUUUGAUGCUCAUUACCCAAAACAAUUGAAAUUUACUUUUGAAUUUCUUGAGAGGGUUGUUUGUAAGCUGGGCAGUGAGCACACACGGCGAGAUGCACCAGCUGUCUGCUUGUCAGCACUAGUCACACGGAUGGUCAACUCAAUUGAGAAGUUCAACAAUAAAUUGAAGAAGUAUUUAGAAAAUUAGAAAAGACUGUAAUAGAGACAGAUAGAAGCCAUGAAAAACACUUCUCCAUAUUGUAAUGAUUGCUUUUUCCUUGUUUUACAUGUACUAUUUCUGAUACACACUUUAGUUGAAUUUAGCUAGCAGUGUUUCUUUUAAAUGGUUGAUUUAAAUAUUAGGCCUACACACUUUUUUUUUUAAAAGAACAAUUCAAAGAUUGACUCUGUUGCUUUGUUGUUACCCAUUUUAUUUGUUAAACAUCUGUUGACCAGAUGAGCCAUUUUUUGUUAUUAUAUUAAACAAAUUUUAUUCCCUAAUGAGAUUUACCAUCUGUUAAACAGUACUUAUAGCAAUCCUUGAUAUUAAAAUACAUAUGCUAUUCCCUAUGCAGAAGUUUUUCUUGACUCCGCUAG